AACACUUCUUAGUAUUUCAGCUUUACAUACAAAUAUUUGUAUAUUUUGAAAAAAAAAAAUAUUUUUCAUCAUGAAUUCCUGCAAGCCAAUCAACCCAAAGAAAAGGAAGGAAGUGGAGAAAAGCAUGGCCUUUGAGCCCUAUUUUAUGUACAAUAUCUUCAAGAAGUACAUGUCGCACCUGCGCUUUAGCCACCUGGUGCUUCAUCGGAAGGUGCCGCUGACUAAAAAACUGCAGCUCGUCCUGGAGAGAAACGUGGGUCCCCAUGCCCAUGUGAUAGUUGGCAAUACGGUCUACAAGUGCCAGGUCUUGAUACUCCGCAUAUAUUGCGCACUUUUCAGAAACAACCUCAAGCGGGGUGAUUUGGUAAAGUUUCCCAACGGUGUGAUGAGCAACGAGUGUUUUGAAAUGGCCUACGGCUGGAUGAUCACUGAUCAGAUUUACUGUCCUCGUGGUCUGUUGCUGGAUCUCCUGGUAGCCGCAGAUCGGCUGAAGUGCUCAGCCCUGGCCAACAGCCUUUUCCAGUGCCUAGACGACCACAGGCAGUUCUUCGACCUGAAGGCCUUCGCGUGCUUUUGGGAGGCCCAACGAAGGGGCCUCAGAGCGAUGGGCGACAUGAUGCUGUCCAGGGUGGGCAAGUGCUUCCUGGCUCUGGUGUGCACAAAGGGGUAUCUGCGUUUGGACGUCGACAGAUUGUGCGAUGUGCUCCGCUCGGAUAACUUGGCUGUGCAGUCCGAGAUCGAGGUUUUUUAUGCAGCUCUACUGUGGCUUGAGAGCAACUAUCAAAGGCGCAAAAAGUUCAUCCCUCGCGUCCUGAGCUUGGUAAGGUUCCACAUAAUGCCUUACGCAUUUCUGGUUCUGUGGGCGAGCCAGCUCAAGAACUUGCGGCCAUACCUGGCGGAUCAGAUCUGUGCCAUCAUGUUUAAUGCAAUGCUGGCCAAGCUGGAUAGGCGUAUGAACCCCCUCAAGUCAAAAUAUACGUGGAAAACUCGCAACUGGAUACGGGACCCCUUGUGUCCCUAUGAAAUUCAUCUUAAAAGAAACGGCUGCUGCGAAAUCAACGUUGAAGUAUUCCUCUUCUACUUGAAGUGUAUUCGAAAAUCCCCAGAUGCUUUUCUGGCUCGAAUUAGGAGAGUAAACCACCAAAAAGAGAGCUUCAUAAAGUGUGAAGGUUCCAUACACGAACCCUCGAAAUCAGAGAAUUCAGGAGGAAAAUCGCCAGUGGAUUCGAAACUAUCAUCGUGGAUGGAACACAAUCGGGAGUCUGAAAGUGAUUCUGACAGUCAAUGGGCCAAAACCUCUACUUUUACCGCUUCCAAUGAAUUUAAAUCUACCGAAGAAGAAGGAGAUGCCCAAGAAAGUUCUACAUUUUCGGAUACUUCCAGUGAAUUUUCUGGAAAAUCCUCCACGAAUACCACUGAAGAAUCGUCUGCGGACUCCUUCCAGGAAUCCUCUGCGGGCUAUGGGAAAUCAGAUCGGAAAAGCGAAUUAGAUUCCGAAGGAUAUGUGCUCGCAGAUUCUGAAACAGAUUCUUCUGCAAAUGCCGUCACGGAUUCUGAUACAGACUCCUCCAGACUUGUCCGCGCAGUUUCUGAAACAGAUUCCGAUAGAUACUCUGAUAGGUUUUCUGUUGGAAAACACUCUGAAGAUUCAUCUUAAGCAGAUUCAUUCAAAUAAUCAACCAGCAAACGUAGUUCUAGAACCACAUCGCUGGACUGUUUUUAAAUUCAAUUAAAAUUUUCUUUGAUA